UCUACACAUUAUAAGAGUAUAGUGGCGAUGUAAAUUUGUUUGUUGUGGUAAUAAUAGUGGCUGAUAUGUCUCUCAAUCAGAGGGAAUUUCAGCUAAAAAGGAGUAUCGGAGGCUGCUAUGAUCUCCCACGAUUCUUUUGUGUGUGCUGCUUUCUUUCUUCUUCUAACUGCAGAAACAAUCCUACUAAAUGAGAGGGGCCCACCGUACUGUGUGUGUCCAUCUCUAUCAGCUAAAGCCGCUAACUCCUCUCUUGCAGGAGGUAUUUUGCCAACCCACAAUAAUGAGGAUUUCUUAUUAAUAAUUUCAUUGUAAUUCUGUAUUGUGUGGAGAGCAUUUGAAUAGUCAGAUCUGAAGAAUAUUUCUCAAAAAAUGAAUUUAUUAAAGAAGAAAAAGGUAGAACACAUGAAGAAGCAUAAAAUUUUAAUUGUUGUCUAAGAUUACUAUUCUAAUUAACAAAUAACCCGCCUUAAUUUUCUGCAGAAUAGAUAGAACUGUUGUAUUAGAAGAAAAACACUUCUAUCUAAAACUGGACAGUCUAAAUUUUUUGAAUUUGUGAAGUACAACAGUUGUGGAAACAAGUGGAAUUUUAUAUAUUUAUUAUAUAAUACAAGGGUAAAAUUCUGUAACAUUCAUGAAUAUGAAAGUUGGUAAAUGACAAUAUUCUGAAGAUUUAUUAAAUGGAAAAUAAUGAAAUUAUAAAUUAUCUGUAUAGGAGCAGUGAUCUAAAAAAAUAUCAAGUAUAGAUGAUAAAAUGCAUCAAUUGCUAUGUGUCAUUACAAAAAUCAAUGAAUAAUCCAGAUAUAUUUUACUAACAAAUUGUAGUUUUAGUGCACGUCUGCCUAAUCUUUGAUACAUUCUGUUUUUACUAUAUUUUCUUUGUUUAGAAGCAGUAUAUUUAUGUAAAGUGUUCAUCAAAAAGUCAUGAAGUACCAUUAGUAAAAUCACAAAAUAGACAAAAUGCAAUUUUAGAACAGGUUUUAGUGAAAAAUUAAUUUUAUAGCAUAUAUAAAAAAAUUAUUUUGAUUUACAAAUGUAAAGCAGAAGAACUGUUUAAAUGCUUAGUGUUGAUUUGAAAGAAUUAACCUGAAAGCAGUGGCUGAAGUGCAAAUAUUUCUAGAUUCUAAAAAAUUAAAGCAUUUUAAUUAAAGCUAUUGACAUAAACUGAAUUUCAUUAGAUUCAAUGAAUUACAUUCCACAAUUUUGAUGCAACUAUUUUUCUUUUGUAAUAGACAUAUCUGAAAGUGAUAUAUUUUAAAGUUAAAUUUAAUAUGGUAUGCUUAUGAUUGUAAUAUUUUUUCUCAAUGAGACAUGAAAUUAGAAAUGUUAUUUAUUAUCAAUGUAAUAUAGAUCAAAAGUCUGUUGAAUCAGAUUUGUUUUACCAUGAACAAAACUAAAAGUAACAAAAAGGAUCCAUCCUAACAAAACCCCCAUCAUUCAACUGAUGGAAUCAGAAGAUCUGUAUCGCUUCUGGACGGCUGUAUAUGAUUAUGAAGCCUCCGGAGAUGAUGAAUUAUCUCUUCGCCGAGGUGAGAAGGUUGAGGUUCUCUCAAAAGAUUCCAAAAUCUCAGGAGAUGAGGGCUGGUGGACUGGGAAAAUUGGAGAUAAAGUUGGAAUUUUCCCCAGUAAUUUUGUAUCCCAGCGAGAUGUAAAUCAGCCCUUUGAAAUACCUUUUUCUGAGUUAGAAUUAGAAGAAGUAAUUGGUGUAGGUGGUUUUGGGAAAGUCUAUCGAGGGUUCUGGAGAGGUGAAGAAGUUGCAGUCAAAGCUGCACGUCAAGAUCCAGAUGAAGAUAUUAGUGUUACUGCAGAGAAUGUACGUCAGGAGGCAAAGCUAUUUUGGUUGCUAGAUCAUCCUAAUAUUGUCACAUUGAAAGGCGUAUGCUUGGAAGAGCCAAAUUUGUGUCUUGUGAUGGAGUUUGCUCGAGGUGGGCCACUAAAUCGGGUCCUUUCUGGUAAAAAGAUACCUCCAGAUGUUCUUGUAAAUUGGGCUAUUCAGAUUGCCAGGGGAAUGAAUUAUCUUCAUUAUGAAGCACCUGUGUCUCUAAUACAUCGAGAUUUAAAAUCCAGUAAUGUAUUGCUAAGUGAACCUCUGGAAAAUGGAGACUUGAGAAACAAGACCCUGAAAAUAACAGAUUUUGGAUUGGCGAGAGAAGUGUAUAAAACAACUCGCAUGUCAGCAGCUGGGACUUAUGCAUGGAUGGCACCUGAAGUUAUCAAGUCAUCUACUUUUUCCAAAGCCAGUGAUGUUUGGAGUUAUGGUGUUGUCCUUUGGGAAUUGUUAACAGGAGAGACUCCUUAUAAAGGUAUUGAUGCUCUAGCUGUUGCUUAUGGAGUUGCAGUUAAUAAACUGACAUUGCCCAUUCCUUCUACAUGUCCUGCUCCAUUUUCUACUCUUAUGGAAGCCUGUUGGCAUCCUGAUCCCCAUGACCGACCAACAUUUGUGGAUAUUCUUCGACAACUAAUGGAAAUUGCUCAUUCUCCUUUUAUGAAUACCCCUCAAGAAUCUUUCCACACCUUGCAGGAAGAUUGGAAACAUGAGAUUGCUGAUAUGUUUCAUGAACUUAGAUGUAAAGAAAAAGAAUUGCGUUGCCGGGAAGAAGAAUUGACCAAGGCUCUUCUACAGCAAAAAAUCCAAGAGGAAUUUUUGCGUAAGAGAGAGCAGGAAUUGGCUGAAAGAGAAAUAGAUCUUCUGGAAAGAGAACUUAACAUCAUGAUUCUGCAGCAGCAGCAAGGAAGGCCCACACCUAAAAAGAGAAAAGGAAAGUUCAGGAAAAGUCGACUCAAGCUGCUCAAAUCUGGAGGACAGAUAAGCAUGCCUUCUGACUUUCGGCACAACAUCACUGUGCAGCCCUCUCCUACCAUGCGCCCAGAAAUAGCGAGCUUGCGCAUGCCUGCUAGUCCCGAGAGCCCUCCGGCUUCCCCCAAUCUACCUCGUCUUAGAGCUUAUGCAUUACCAGUGGAUGGUGUAAAGGGCAAGACGUGGGGCCCAUCAACUGUUCACCAGAAGGAGCGGGGGCACUCCAGAAGGCUUCUCAUCGAGGGUAACAAGCGAUGGUCCAAGAGUGCCCCCAACCUGGAAAAAUCUCAGAGAGGAGCUUAUUCGGCUGGGUAUUUUGGAACAUUACCUGAAUGUGGUUCAGAGGAAUGGCACCUGGAGAGUUUGCCUACACCCAGAUACCAUACCUUAUCAAAUGGUGACAGCCUCAAGCGAAACACACACUUCCUGCACCUUUCUUUGUACAAUAUGGCUGCCAUUGCAGCCAGCAUAGCAGCGGGUUUUGACAUUCGGUUAGCAACGCAGACUACUGUCCACCCUAAGCUUUCUUCCAUGUGGUCUGAAGAUGAGGAGGAAGAUAAGAGGUGGUGGUACCAAGAACAAGGUUCCCCUUUGUAUCUGGGUUCCGAGUAUGAGUUCAGCUCUCCUUCUGGCUACCCUCACAAUACUUAUCAUGGCCAGACUAUCCACCACAGGCCAGGGUUGCACUUUGAUUUCAUCUCCUCCUCGCCUCACCACAAUCCCAGUAUCAGUUCUGGAGGUUCAUACACACCCCAUGCCCACAGCCCUUGCAGGAAAUCAUCUUCUGCUUCAAAUGAAAGUGAGCAUCCAGCCACCAGCUCUAGCUCUGGCCUUGGGCCAUCUCCACUAGGAAUUUCAUCAGUGUUUGAGCGCAUGUCCUAUCUGGAAGGACACAACACUCCUCCUCCACAUUUCCCUGAUCGACCACCAGAUGUCUCCUAUCACUACUAUCAGGAGUACAGAGGUGCAGGUGCUGAGUCUGUGUGCUAUGUGGAAAAAGUCUACACAGACCAGACUCGCCCUGAUGUUUAUAUUGUGGAGCGACUAUAUCCUGAGUCUGUGAGUCCUCCAGAUGGGUUCCAUCCAUAUGAAAAUCCUGGGACAGCUUCCCCAAGGACGCCUCAGCGGAUCAUCUACACCCACCGACGGACAUCGUCAAAUAUUUCUGACACGUCCACCGAUAAGCGGUCUGAUGAUCAUGAGUUGUUGACUGUCUCUCACUCUUUACCUCCUCAAACUAUAGAACCUUACACAACAACGACAGUUAUCACCUCGUUGCCUGGCACACCCAGGCGAAAAAUGGAUGGGAGUCUUUUUGAGCCAUCUAUUAGUUACCGUCUGACUCAUCCAAAAAUCAGAUCACGUCUGGAUUCAACAAAUGGGGAAGACAGCCCAUUUGAAAACUCGGGGACACCUCUUCAUGCCACUUAUGGCCAUCGAAGGACACCUUCAGAGGAUCGGCAGUCAGAGACUGAUCACGAUUCACUGACUGUUUCUCAUUCACUAUCAAUUGAACCUUAUACAACAAUCAUCACUUCCCUUCCGAGUACUCCCAGACGGAAAAAUGAUGGACCUUCAUUUGAUCGCUUGACCUAUUCUAAGGUGAGACCUCGAUUCGAUGGAACGAUGUCUCCUUCCCGUGGUUCUAAUGGGAUGGGAGAAGAAAGUUUGAACCGGGUUAGAUUUAGCAUUGAUGAAGGAGAAGAAACAAAUCGCCAGACAGUCAAUAAAGCUAUUGGAACCGAUGAUUUGGUGCAAAGUUCAACAGACUCAGUAGAUUUGGACUCUUUGCAACAGAAUUCUUCAGUAAGGUAGUGUAGAAUUCUUGUUGCAUUUUUGCUCUAUGUAAUAAUGUUUCACAUUCCAGUGAAAUCUCAAGAAAUAUGAAACUGGUUAACUUACAAAAAUUCUUCCGCAAAAUAGAAUAACUAAUGGCUCUCAAAAACAUGGAAUUUAGUAGGAAAAAAUGAUAGCUUUUCUUAUUGAACAGGUACAGUCAUCUCAUAUCGACAUUUAGUGAAUAAAGUUUUUCUGUUCUAUGUAUAUACUGAUCCAAAAAAAGAAUAUUAAUGUACUUGUGCUGAUAUUGUUGAAAACUACUGGCUUUAAACAAAUUUGUAUUUUUUUCUCCAUAAUUGGACUUUAAAAUGAGGGUCCUUGGAAAAGUGAGAAUCAAUUUAUUAAUACAUUAAUUCAAUGCAUAUUAACCAUUUAAAAUUUUUAAGAAAUAGUUAUUAUUUUUCUAAUUUUCUUACUUUAUUUGUUAAUAUUUAUUUGCUACCUUAAGCACACAUUCCUAUUCUUUGAAAUUGUCUCUGGUAGAGUUUAAUAAUUGUCUUCUGAAGUUUCAUAUUUUUUAAAAACCAGUUUCUUUGCUAAUAUGUCUAGUAACUUUUAAGUUUUUAAAAAGAUAUAGAUGGCAUAUGGUUUUCAUAAAUUUAAAAUCACUAUGUAUGAAACAAAAGUUAAUCUGAUUUGUAUUUUACUGUUGCUAACUCUUUUCGAAUUUUUUUUCUUUGAUUUUACAUUUUCAGUGGCAUUUAAGUAAAGACAUUUAUGGCACUGCUAAAGCUUGCCCAUACAAUUCCUGUCGAAUUUAACUUAGCACUGCCAAAUUAUGCAUAUUUCUAUCAUUUACAUUUUGGCCUUUUUUUUUUCAGUUAAUUUUGAAAAUUUAAUAAUUAAAAAAUAAGGCCAUUUACUUGUAUUUUUAUUUGAAAGUUUUUCAUUUCAAAAUAAGAAUUAAUUUAAAA